UCGCACUUCAAUAUUAUUUAGCAACCAUGAAUCAUCAUUACAAUCAGCAAGAUCCUCCGGGGUCAUAUCCUUCACCGAUGAUGGCAUAUCCGUUGCCGCCGACUGUGAGUGCUCCCCCGCCAAUGGGGUAUCCUUCCAAGGAUAAUGUUUCUUGGGAUCCAAAACAGAGUGUUCCGCAACAGACCACGAGUAGGGGUGAUGGUUUUUGGGAGGGAUGUUGUGCUGCUCUCUGCUGCUGUUGCGUCUUGGAUUGCUGUUUUUGAUUGCUUUGUUCUUAUUAGCUCCUUUUGGUUUCAUAUCUUUUCUCAUACAAUUUUUGUACUCCUCAAAAUAAUUA